AAUUGGAUUUUGUAGUGUAAUUUCCUUUUUCUUUUCUUUCCCUGUUUCCCCGUUUCCCCUGUUUCGCUCUGUUUUUAUUUCCUAUAUUCUUCGAUUGUUGAUUAACUUUCUUGUUAAGGGAAUCUUCGUCGUGGAAUCUGAGGAAACGUUUGUGUACGAAAAUCAAGGAUUUUUUUCUCUCCAUAAUAAACGAGAAUCACUAGAGCACCAGUUGGUGGAAGAUUUUCUCGAGCAUUGAUUUGAUUGAUUGUUCACUGUUCAUGCUAAACAACCAAACAAACGGCUACUCUGACUUUUUGAUCCUGUUUCUAAUCUUGUUUCUGGGAUCCUGUCCGUUUUUUACACUGUCUUUUAAGCCUUCGUUUCAGGGUUUAGUGAAUUGAAUUGAAUUCAGAUGUCACAGCCAAGGCAAAACAAGAUGAUGAGUCCAAACCUUGGAAAACAAGUUGGUGACACAACCUAUACUAAGAUCUUUGUUGGAGGAUUGGCCUGGGAGACAAAGAGAGACUCUCUGAAACGCUAUUUUGAUCAGUUUGGGGAGAUCUUAGAGGCGGUUGUCAUCACCGAUAGAAUCACUGGAAGAUCAAAAGGAUAUGGCUUUGUCACCUUUAGGGACCCAAAUUCUGCAUCAAGGGCUUGUCUCAAUCCCUAUCCUGUGAUUGAUGGAAGGAGAGCUAAUUGUAACCUUGCAGCCCUUGGUGCCCAUAAAUUUGAUCCAUCCACAACAGGAAGACAAAAAUUCAGUAGCCCUUCAUGGAAUAUGGCACCAGUCCCAUUGCAAGGCACCUCCACAUAUUACAAUCAACACAUACCUCACUACCCAAUUCCCUAUCCAACCUACAGGUAUCCUGGUUUUACUCACCCACAAGACUUGUAUGAAAUGAACUACAAUAAUGCAUAUGGUGGACAGCCGUUUCCCCUCCGCUGGUAUCCAGCAUAUUACCAGCCCUUUUAUGGCCUUGGCAGACAGAUUAUUCCAACAACCUAUGUGAAAAAGGUCAUACCAGACACGUCUCAGGAGCUCACAGUUGUUGGUUUUUCAGAGCCUAUUUCAUCCUCUCCCUCAAUUCCCACCACUGGAUUAGUCACCGGAACAGUACCUGGGACAGAAGUGGUAGAAUCCCCUCAAGAACAGACAUCUUCAACUACUUAAAGCUAUGAUGAGGAGAUUCCCUCAAUAGACUAGAAUAGAGAAAGUAAAAAAGAAAAAAUGACACUGCUCAAUAAACCAGGAUGAGGUGGUCUAGCAAGGAACUAAAUGAAGCAAUAACGUAUUGAGAUUUUCCAUCCACGAAACAGAUGAUCUUGGAGACCAGACAGUAAUGAAAUAGUCCUGGUUUUGUUCAUUGUCUUAAGAAAUUUUUACUUUUCAGAAUUCUGGUGUACAUGAUUCUUUAGUUUUCCUUUAUUUGUUUUUUUUUUUCGUUAA